AUGGCUUCCGAGGACAGCACGGCUUGCGAGGACAGCACAGCUUGUGAGGACAGCACAGCUUGCGAGGACAGCACAGCUUGCGAUGACAGCAUGGCUUGCAAGGACAGCACGGCUUGCGAGGACAGCACAGCUUGCGAGGACAGCACAGCUUGCGAGGACAGCACAGCUUGCGAGGACAGCACAGCUUUCGAGGACAGCACAGCUUGUGAUGACAGCACAACUUGCGAGGACAGCACGGCUUGCGAGAGAGGGAAGCUCAACUUGAGAGGACAGCUCAACUUAAGAGGACAGCUCAACUUGAGAGGGCAGCUCAACUUGAGAGGGCAGCUCAACUUGAGAGGGCAGCUCAACUUGAGAGGGCAGCUCAACUUGAGAGGGCAGCUCAUUUUGACAGGGCAGCUCAACUUGAGAGGGCAGCUCAACUUGAGUGUACAGCUCAACUUGAGAGGAAAUCUCAACCUGAGAGGACACCUCAACCUGAGAGGACAGCUCAACUUGAGAGGACAGCUCAACUUGAGAGGACAGCUCAUCUUGAGUGGACAGCUCAACUUGAGAGGACGGCACAACUUGAAAGGACAGCACAACUUGAGAGGACAGCUCAACUUGAGAGGACAGCUCAACUUGAGAAGACAGCUCAACCUGAGAGGACAGCUUAACUUGAGAUGA